UGUGCUCUCUAACGCGAAAUAAAUCCUAACUAGAGAAGCUGACCUGCUCUGGUUUUACUGCAUAAUUGAGCAUGUUGAAACGUUUCGAUGAGUAACGUUCUUUGAUAACACUGUAAUGCUAUUGAAAAAUCAAUUUCAAUAAUAGUUCUCAUAUCAACUUUGCUAUGUUGGAAUUUCAUUCGCAUAAUAAUCGCUCGACUGCUGUUUUAUCCUUCUGAUUUGCAUAGAAAUUAAUAUUUUCACUAGAUUCCAGCGGUGCAUCGCAACACUAUAAAAGCGUACGUUCUUUCUAAUCAUUCAUACAGUUCAUACAAGCAAACGAACCGACCAAAAAUGUUUAAGCUCGCUAUUGUUGUCGCCCUGGUGGCCAUCGUUGCCAUCCAAGCUGCACCACAAUUGCCGGAAGGUGUCCCGGCUAUGCCAGCGGUUCCCGAGAUGCCAUCUACGCCGGAAAUGCCAGCAACACCGGAAAUGCCUGCCACCCCGGAAAUGCCAGCCGAAAGCGCUCCUGGAGCGGAAAGUGCCACCAUGCCCAACCUGCCCAACCGUAUCUCCAACCGAAUCUCGAACAGUGUGAACCGUGUCAACAGCGGCUAGACCUAGAGCGGAGAAGUUUAUUCUAACGUGUUGCAGUGAACAGUCCAAUCCUUAAAUAAACGGAUGCUACUGAAAGCAC